GCACUCUGCUAACGCUGACGUCUACUUCUGCAGCAAAAUGGCGUCGUUGACAGCAGCCGUGCAGACGUCCCGGUCCGGUUCGUUAUCAUCGUCCAAGAAACGAACCGUAAUGAUGUCCCAAAGGAGGUGCAGUCUUUUGGAGAGCAGAGUAAUCUUGUUCCUCUCGUUAGCCUCCUUGCUGCACUGUGCUGUGGCUGACGGGAAGACGCUGGUUCUGCUGGACAACCUCAACAUCAGAGACACCCAUUCAAUCUUCUUCCGCAGUCUAGCAGAUCGAGGCUUCGACAUCACGUUCAAGACAGCUGAUGAUUCCUCCCUGUCUCUGAUCAAAUAUGGCCAGUUCCUCUACGACCACCUCAUCCUUUUUUCACCAUCAGUCGAGGACUUUGGAGGGAACAUAAAUGUGGAGACCAUCACUUCCUUCAUCGAUGGUGGAGGCAACGUCCUAAUUGCUGCCAGUUCAGAUAUCGGGGACCCUCUGAGGGAGCUGGGAAGCGAGUGUGGCAUUGAGUUUGACGAGGAAAAGACUGCUGUCAUUGAUCAUCACAACUACGACGUGUCUGAUCCUGGAGAGCACAACCUGAUCGUUGCUGAUCCAGAGAACCUGUUGAAAGCUCCAACUAUUGUUGGCCAACCCACCAACAAGCCAGUGCUAUUCAAGGGUGUUGGCAUGGUGGCAGACCCAGACAACCCUCUGGUCCUGGACAUCCUCACUGGCUCCUCUACCUCCUACUCCUACUUCCCUGAUAGACCCAUCUCUCAGUACCCCCAUGCUGUUGGAAAGAACACCCUGCUGAUCGCCGGCCUGCAGGCCAGAAACAACGCCAGGGUGGUUUUCAGCGGCUCCCUGGACUUCUUCAGCGAUGCCUUCUUUAACUCUGCUGUGCAGAAGGCCAGGCCUGGGUCUGAGAGACACGAGCAGAAUGGAAACAUGGAGCUGGCUGAGGCUCUGUCUCGCUGGGUGUUCAAGGAGGCUGGAGUCCUGCGGGUGGGAGCUGUCUCCCAUCACCCUGUUGGAGAGCUCACUCCCCCUGCAGCCUACACAAUCACUGACCUCGUGGAAUUCAGUAUCGUCAUUGAGAUGCUGGUAGAGGGCCGAUGGGUUCCCUUCGACGGAGAUGAUAUUCAGCUUGAGUUUGUCAGGAUCGAUCCCUUCGUCAGGACUUAUCUGAAGAAAAAUGGUGGUAAAUACAGCGUUCAGUUCAAGCUGCCCGAUGUGUACGGAGUCUUCCAGUUCAAGGUGGACUACAACCGUCUGGGCUACACACAUCUGUACUCCUCCACUCAGGUAUCAGUGCGUCCCCUGCAGCACACUCAGUACGAGCGCUUCAUCCCGUCAGCCUACCCAUACUACGCCAGCGUCUUCUCCAUGAUGGCAGGACUCUUCAUUUUCAGCAUCGUCUUCCUCCACAUGAAAGAGAAGGAGAAGUCUGACUAAUUAAGGAAAAAGAAGAGCUUAUACAAAUGCGGGAUAAAAGAACUGAACUUGUGGCGUGAAGAGCUGAAUUUGAAUGUCUGGGUAGCUUGACUCUUCACACAGGGAUAUGGAGACUUCAAAGUACAGUGAUGUCUGGGUUUUUUAGCUCAAGUUAUCAGCUUAUGGAAGGCAAAGGGGUUGAUGACUGUAACUUAAUGCAGUGGUUUUUGUUUUGUUUUUUGUUUUGUAUUCUGAAAUCACUAAAAGGCCUGUAAAUGUUCUGAAGUCAGUCAGCGUUUGUAUAAAGUUACUUUACAUUUGAUGAAAGUAUCUCCCAAGAAGGGCACUUGCCUUGGAAAAUUAAAAAAUCCGUUUUCAAAUUUGCCCCACAUUUUCUCAGCUAAGAAGUGUCACUGUGGUGACUACAUGCACUGAAAAUGCCAACUGUUCAUUUGAUAUUGAUGAGACUUUUUGUGUUUCAGAGAAAAAUUGAAGAGUCAACUUGAUAAUAAAACACUGACAUUCCA